AAUUGAUGUUUCCAUUGUGCCCAAGAUAAAGUAGAGUCUUUACACACAUUGAAAACUUUUAUUGGGCCAACAAAAAAAAAAGGUGUUGAGUUAAAGUAUGUUUGCUUUCAGAGCCUCAGAGGUCUCUUCUUCAGAUGGAAGGUUCAUUUGCACAAUUUCCACAUUUGUGGGGUGAAAUCUUUAGAAAACAGAAGUUCCUAAUCAGGACUGUUGCAUCUGCAAAGUUACUCUCAGAACUUCCUAAUCUCUCUAGCAAACAGGAGCUAUCUGCAGAAGUCCAAGAGAAGAAGACAGGAGGGUGCGCAAUUCAGAAAGGGCUAAAAAUGGGAAUAGCAGCGCUGGCCCUGCUAAUCACAAUAAACAUUGGAUAUGGCCAGAGUACUCCAGUUAUUGAACCUGCAGGAAAUGAAAUUGUUAUUAAAGCAGGACAGUCUAUAAUUUUAACCUGUUCUGGGAAUGACACCGUGAAAUGGGACAUUCAGAAUUUACCAAAACGGUCAACUGUUAUCCAAGGAGGCGUCAAAGCUGUGCUGACUAUUACCAAAGCAAAACAUACAGAUACGAAAACCUACAAAUGCCUCUACAGCAAAGCAAACUCGUCUGAUAAUGCAUCGGUGCACUUAUAUGUGAAAGGCAGUCAAUACUGGCAUACCCAAGAAGAGAGAGUACCAGCUGAUGAAGGCACCGAUGCUGUUUUACCAUGUCUCAUAACGGAUCCCUCAAUCCCAACAUCUCAGAUCUCUCUGCAACCCUCAAAGACCAGAGACAACCAACCAAUAUCUGCAAAGUUUAAUGCCCAAAAAGGAUUUAUUAUUCAUAAUGUGCAAAUGGCAUAUGAUACUAUUUAUACCUGCCAAGCAAAUGUGUAUGGGGUAAUCCAUAAGUCUGACGAAAUUACUUUAUCUGUAAGACAAGUGGAAAAAAGUCCACCUUCAGUUGUCCUGGAUCAUGAACAUUAUAUCCGAACAGAAGGAGAAGAAUUCAAGAUCACAUGCCGUGCAACUAGUUCCACCAGUUCUUUAAAAACAGAUUGGGAGUAUCCAGCAAAAAAUGUCUCACUAACAUCUGAUCUGAAAUAUGAUGGGAAAUGGACCGAAGUCUCUAUUUUGAAUGUCCCAGCUGUUAAAAUAAAAGACACUGGAAAUUAUACGUGCAUUGGGAAGAACAGAGUGGGUUCCAGUAGAAGUGUUACAUUUCUACAGGUUGUAGAAAAGGGCUUUGUUGAUCUGUCAACUUCACAGAACAGCAGCGUUACGUUGAGUCUGGGCGACUGCAUAGAUUUGGCUGUACAAAUUGAUGCCUAUCCGACUAACCUAUCAUGGAAGUGGAUCCAUGUCCAUAAUAACAUGACAAAAGAUGUGUCAUCCCUAGGAAAAAUGCAUUCCAACGGACGUUACAGGAACUUUAACAACUUGACGUUGAAUCGUAUGAAGGAACGCGAGAGCGGGACCUACUCUCUCUAUGUAGAAAACUCAGAAGCCACUAAUAAUAUUUCCUUUGAAAUCAUCUUUCUCAGGCCCCCUGUGGUUGAAAUAAGUACCUUUAAAUUUAAUGGCACCAUAAUACUCAAUUGCUCAGCGUGGGGAAAUCCUCUACCGUCCAUUAAAUGGCUCCAGUGCCUGGACGACAGUUGCGAAGAAAAUGGACAAAAGGUCAUAUCUGACAGCAAAACCAGAGUCAUUGAGACCAGAGUGGAAAGUAUCUUAGCUGUUGACCAAAUCCAGUUUAACUAUAGCACCGUCUGUAUAGCUUCCAACAGCGAGGGGAUCGAUAGGAAACUCACUCCAUUAGCAACUGCUGCACUGGAAGUGAAGAAGAUUGUCCAACAUGAGCUCUUCAGCCCAUUGUUGGUGGUCCUUACUGCAAUGGGAAUAUUUUUUUUCCUUCUGACCAUAUUCCUGUAUUACAAAUAUAAACAGAAACCAAGAUAUGAAGUUCGCUGGCAGAUUGUGAAAGUCUCUGAAGGAAAUAACUAUACUUGCAUUGAUCCGACUCAGCUGCCAUACAAUGAGAAAUGGGAAUUCCCAAGGAAUAACCUACAUUUUGGAAAAACUCUAGGAGCAGGUGCGUUUGGGAAGGUUAUUGAAGCAAAAGCCUUUGGAAUGGGGAAAGAUGACACCGCACUCAGAGUUGCUGUAAAGAUGCUGAAACCCAGUGCCCAUACAGAUGAAAUGGAAGCUUUAUUGUCAGAACUUAAGAUUCUUAGCCACUUGGGGCACCAUCAGAAUAUUGUCAACCUACUGGGAGCAUGUACCCAUGGGGGCCCAAUCUUGGUAAUCACUGAGUACUGUCAGCACGGAGACUUGUUGAACUUCUUGAGGAACAAGGCAGAGGCCAUGAACAAAAUGUUCACUGCAUCUCUGGCUUACGGCAACAGUGACUACAAAAAUGUGUCUGUGGAGCAGAAGUACACGGCAAGUGACACCGGAUUUUCAAGCCAAGGAACUUCCAACUACCUUGAAAUGAAGCCUGUCUCAUCUAACACAAAUUCUGAGCAAGGCAAUUCUAACACUGAAGUAGAAGAAGACACAGAUGACCAUCUGCCCUUGGAUCUGUAUGACCUUCUGAAUUUCUCAUUGCAAAUUGCCCAGGGAAUGAACUUCCUGGCAGCCAAGAGCUGUAUUCACCGUGACGUUGCGGCCAGGAACGUGCUUGUUGCACAGGGUCGGGUUGCAAAGAUUUGUGACUUUGGUCUGGCCAGGGACAUCGAGAAUGACGCAAACUAUGUUGUCAAGGGAAAUGCUCGUCUGCCGGUAAAAUGGAUGGCUCCAGAGAGUAUCUUUGACUGUAUCUACACAGUGCAGAGUGACGUCUGGUCUUAUGGAAUCCUUCUGUGGGAAAUCUUCUCCCUUGGCAGAAGUCCCUAUCCUGGCAUUCUUAUAAAUCGCAAGUUUUAUAAAAUGAUAAAGGAUGGAUACAAGAUGGAUUGUCCAGAGUAUGCUCCUUUGGAAAUAUAUCACAUUAUGAAGGCCUGUUGGGACUUGGAGCCAACUCAGCGUCCGACAUUUAACCAAAUCAGUGAUCUCAUCAACAAGCAGAUGAGUCAUAUCCAAGAACAGGAUUAUGCUAACAUCUCCCAAGUACACCAAGAGGAAGAAUGCUUGGACACAAAAUGUGACCCAGAAGAGUCAUUUAUUAAAGGAAACAAUUACCAGUUCUGUUAGCUUUGGAAACUUUUACAGCAUCAAGGAGUCACAUAAACCUGAUGUUUGUCACCUCUCCACACCUGUGCA